UAUCGCACGCCAGCCGCCGGGAAGCGAGACGGGGCGCCGGCCGGCUGCCGCCGCGUCUGACAGACCCACCGGUCGAGGCUCCGCGCCCACCAGCAGCACGCGGCCGCCAUGGCGGCGCGGAGGAGGCCCCCGCAGGAGCGGGAGCGGCAACGACCUCGCGACCCCUCCGCAGGAAAUGACCAAGUUCACUCCUGGACACUUGUCACCAGCCAAGCCUUAGAUACCGCGUGGAGAGUAGCAAAGGGGUCAGUGACGUUGGCAGUUUCAUUUCUGGUGGGCACCCUCUGCUACUUCAGAAGGCUACAUUUAUAUUUAGGGCACCGGCUGAAAAGGUGGAUUGGAUAUCUGCAGAGGAGAUUCAAAAGGAACCUCAGUGUGGAGGCAGAAGUUGAUUUACUCAGUUAUUGUGCAAGAGAAUGGAAAGGAGAGACACCCCAUGCCAAGCUGAUGAGGAAGGCUUAUGAGGAGCUGUUUUGGCGGCGGCAUAUUAAAUGUGUUCGACAAGUAAGGAGAGACAACUACGACGCACUAAGGUCGGUGCUCUUCCAAAUCUUCAGCCAGGGCCUCUCUUUCCCAUCCUGGAUGAAAGAAAAAGAUAUUGCGAAGCUUCCUGAAAAACUGCUCUUUUCACAAGGUUGUAAUUGGAUCCAGCAAUACAGUUUUGGUCCUGAGAAGUAUACAGGUUCGAAUGUGUUUGGAAAAUUACGUAAAUGUGUGGAAUUAUUGAAAACACAGUGGACUGAAUUUAGUGGAAUUAAAGAUGAUCACAAGAGAGGAAGUUUGUGCAACACCCUUUUUUCUGAUGCUAUCCUGGAACAUAAACUGUACGAAGCUCUGAAGUUCAUCAUGCUCUAUCAAGUCACUGAGGCUUAUGAACAAAUGAAGACCGAAAAGGUCAUUCCCAGUCUUUUUCGACUCCUGUUUACCCGGGAAACCUCUUCCGACCCGUUAAGCUUCAUGAUGAAUCACCUGAAUUCUGUAGGUGACACGUGUGGACUAGAGCAGAUUGAUAUGUGUGUACUUGGAUACUCCCUGGAAGUAAAGAUAAAAGUGUUCAGACUGUUCAGGUUUAACUCCAGAGACUUUGAAGUCGGCUACCCAGAGAAGUCGCUCAGGGAGUGGCCGGAGGUCUCCCUGCUGACCGAGAAUGACCGCCACUAUCACAUUCCUGUCUUUUAAGUCUGCCUGGACCGGGCACCAGCUCUCGCCGGUGACAGUGGUCACACUUGCAAGUAGUGUUUCUAGAAAAGCAAAGCUAGUAUUGCUGCCAUUGGAGGAAUCGGGACCUCCCUCUCCAGGAUUACAGGUACACUGGACGGAGACCCACGUGCCUUCCCUUUGUUUCCAGUGAUUUCCUCCAGAGCCCC